CAAAUCAGUAAUCUUCGCCACUUCACUUGGAGAGGACCGUUUCAAACAUGGAGCUGCUAACGCUGGUCUUGACCGGUUUCGUCUGUCUUUCCGGAAUCGUUUACUACUUCCUGAGACGUGAACAGCAGCAAUGGUCACGGUUGGGUGUUCCGAUCGCAAAGAAUCCGCACUUGCUUUACGGAAAUAUCCGAGGAAUAUUCCAGAAGGAGCACAGCUGUGAAGUUCUUCAACGGUUGUAUCGGGAGUUCAAGGGACGUGGGUUGAAGCUGGGAGGAAUCAUGAACUUUUUUCAGCCGGCGGUUCUGGUGGUUGAUCCGGAGAUCAGCAAAAGUAUUCUGGUCAAGGACUUUAAUAAAUUCCACGAUCGUGGAAUAUUCGUGGAUUCGGCUGGAGAUCCACUGAGCGCUACUUUGUUCAGCCUGGAGGGAGCUGAGUGGAAGACGAUGCGUACGAAGAUGUCACCGACGUUUACGUCCGGUAAAAUGAAAUACAUGUUCGGAUCAGUGGUGAAGGUGGCAGAUCAAUUGAAGGAGUACGUGGCGGAAAAUUGUACGAAGGGGAACAUCGAGCUGAAGAAUAUCCUGCAGCGGUAUACAAUGGACGUGAUUGGUAAUGUGGCGUUUGGAGUGGAGUGUAACUCGAUCAAGAAUCCAAGCUCCGAGUUUCGGCUGAUGGGUCUCAAAGCAAAUGAGUUUGACGGUAUAAAGUUCUUUAAAUUCUUCAUCGGAGGCACCUACAAAAGUUUUGCCAAAAAGAUCAAAAUGAAGGUUGUUGAGAAAGACGUUCAUAAUUUCUUCAUGAGUUUGGUUCAUAGUACCAUUCAAUACAGAGAAGCAAACGGUGUGCAGAGGAACGACUUCAUGGAUUUAUUGAUAAAGAUUAAGAACAAUGGCAAGCUUAGCGAUGAACCCAAUUCCGGUGGAGAGGGCAUUACAAUAAGUGAAAUCGCUGCCCAGUGUUUCAUAUUUUUCACCGCCGGGUUUGAGACUUCCUCGACCACUAUAAACUUUUGUCUAUACGAAUUGGGCAGAAACCCAAACAUUCAGGAUCGACUUCGGCGAGAAAUUGAAGAAUCGAUUGCAAAGGACGGUGGAGAGUUGAAGUACGAUACCUUAUUCGGAAUGUCUUACUUGGAUCGCGUCGUUAGCGAAACCCUCCGGAAGUACUCCCCAGUGGACAACCUUUUCCGGGUGUCUAACUCGCCCUACACCCCAGAAGGUUGCGAUUUCACUAUUCCUGCCGGCACUAUGUUCCAGAUCCCCAUCCAUUCGACGCAUCACGACCCGGACUAUUUCCCGAACCCGCAGUGCUUUGAUCCGGAUCGAUUCCUUCCGGAAGCAGUAAAGUCUCGACACCCUUUCGCCUAUCUUCCAUUCGGAGAAGGACCGCGUAUUUGCAUUGGAAUGCGAUUUGGGCAGAUGCAGACCAAGAUUGGUUUGGUUACAUUGCUGCGAAACUUCCGUUUCGCACCGAUUAGCGAAACUCCUGAUCGCUUGGAUUUCGAUGCAAAGACAUUCGUGCUGACGCCCAAGACGGGAGUGUAUUUGAAGAUUGAACCGAUCGCUCGUAUGCCGAAGGUUUGACGAUUUGAAUUACCAGUCGAUUUGAACUUGUUGGGACCUCGACAGGUGUGUGGACGGAAAAUGAAGAUGCGCGAGUAAAAAUCGAACAUCUUGCAAGUCAGGCUGUUUGCAUUUCACAUAAUUAUUGACAUGCAUCGUCGCUUAACGG